CGCUGGCAUUGGAAAACCUUCUCAGUGCAGAAAUUUAUUGUGGACUGGUCAGAGGGCUUGGAAAACCAAGACAUCAACAUAGUGAUUCUGCUUUCGUUCAGGGAGUUGAAUCUCGUUAAAGAUGAGCCGUACAGUCUUCUGCAGCUGCUCCAUGUUUUCUAUCCAACAUUGCAGAAAGUCACCACAGAGAAACUGACUCUUUGUAAACUUUUGUUCAUCUUUGAUGGCCUGGAUGAAAGUCGACUUUCACUGGAGUUCAGUAACAGGAAGGUUGUUUCUGACAUUACUCAGAAAUCAUCAGUCAGUGAGUUAGUAACAAACCUCAUCGAAGGGAAUCUGCUUCCCUCGGCUCUCAUCUGGAUAACUACCCGACCUGCAGCAGCCAAUCAGAUACCUCCUAAAUGUGUUGACAGGGUAACAGAAGUGCGAGGCUUCACUGAUGCUCAGAAGGAGGAGUACUUCAGGAUGAGAUUUAGUGAGAAAGAGCCGUCCAGGGUUAUCUCCCACAUUAAGAAAUCCAAAAACCUCAAUGUCAUGUGUAAAAUCCCAGUCUACUGCUGGAUCACUGCCACAAUCCUUGAGUACAUAUUGAAUACAGACCAAAGAAGCGAGCUACCCAAGACCCUGACUGACAUGUACUCGUACUUCCUACUGGUUCAGACAAAGAGGAAUAAGCACAAGUACCAAAAAGGAAAUGAAACAAGUCCACAGGAGCUGACGGAUGCUGACAGGGAGGUUCUUCUGAAGCUGGGGAAGCUGGCGUUUGAAAAUCUGAAAACAAGAAACAUCAUAUUCUACCAAGAAGACCUGGAAGAGUGUGGUCUGGAUGUCACAGAGGCCUCACUUUAUUCAUGGGUUUGUAAAGAAAUCUUUAAAAGAGAGUGUGUGAUUUUCCAAAAACCAGUCUACUCCUUUGUUCAUCUGAGCAUUCAGGAGUUUCUGGCUGCUGUCUACAUGUUUCACUGUCACACCAACAGGAAAACAGAGGUACUAAAGGAAGUCCUGGGGGAAGAAUAUAAUGAGACAUCUCUGGACGUUUUUCUGAGCAAAGUCAUGGAAACGUCCCUCCAAUGUAAAAAUGGUGCUCUGGACCUGUUUGUUCGCUUCCUGCAUGGCCUCACACUAGAGUCCAGCCAAAGACUCUUAGUAGGUCUGCUGAGUCAGACAGAGAAGAACCCAGAAGCUAUCCAGAAAAUCAUCAACAACCUAAAAGAGAUGAGACGUUCUCAAAUCUCUCCUGACAGAAGCAUCAACAUCUUUCAUUGUCUGACUGAGAUGAAUGACAGCUCAGUGUUUCAGGAGAUCCAAGAAUUCCUGAAAUCACAGACAAAACUCUCUGAGAUCCACUGCUCAGCUCUGGCCUACAUGCUGCAGAUGUCGGAGGAGGUUCUGGAUGAGUUGGACCUGCAGAAGUUCAACACAUCAGACCAAGGACGGCACAGACUGAUUCCAGCUGUGAGCAACUGCAGAAAGGCUCUACUAAAAGCUUGUCAACUUUUAAAGACUCACUGUGAAGUUGUGGCCUCAGCUCUCAAAUCCGACCCCUCCCAUCUGGUGGAGUUGGACAUGACUGGAAACAAGUUGCACGGUUCAGGACUAAAGUUUUUGUCUGCUGGACUGUCGAGUCCAGACUGUCGACUAGAGACUCUGAGGUUGGAGAGCUGUUGGUUGUCAGAUAUCAGCUCUCUGGUUUCAGCUCUGAAUUCCAACCCCUCUCAUCUGAGACAUCUAAACCUGAGCCACAAUGACUUGGAGAAUUCAGGAGUGAAGAAACUAUGUGAUUUUCUGAAGAAUCCCCACUGUCUAUUGGAGACUCUGAGAUUGCAGCGCUGCAGUUUGUCAGAGAUCAGCUGUGAUUACCUGCUUCCAGCUCCUCAGUCCAACUCCUCCCAUUUGAAACAUCUGGACCUGAGCUGGAACAACCUUCAGGAUUCAGGAGUGAAGCAGCUGUGUGUUUAUCUGAAGACUUCAGAUUGCAGACUGGAGACUCUCAGAUUAUGGGGCUGCAUGUUGUCAGAGACCAGCUGUGAUUAUCUGUUCAAAGCUCUUCAGUCCAACUCUCAUCUGAGAGAGCUGGACCUGACCGUGAACAACCUGCAGGAAUCACAUGUGAAGCAGCUGUCUGAGCUUGUGGACAGCCCACAUCACACACUGGAGGUUCUCAAAUGGAAGGACCCAUAAACACAGUUGUUUGUCUUUGUUGUGUGUGUGUGGUGUGUGUGGUGUGUGUGCGCACGCGUGUCCUGAUGGUCCAGAGAGGUUGAAACACCAGCAGCUUGUGUGUAGUGAUGCUGUGACAGGGACAGGCUACAGGGAGGUGGAGUGGACAGCAGAGCUUCAUCCAGCAGUGACAGAAAUCAGACGUGCAGAUGGCUGACAGUGCUGUAAACAUGCUCUGAGAGCUCCUCUGUUAGACACCAUGUAGAAUCUAUCGUCAUCCCUUUGUGUUGUUUUGGAUCAUCACAGUGUCUUUUUGCAGACACAAGGUUCAGUUUUAUUUUCUUUGAAAAGUUUCCUAAAUACAUUUCAAUAUCUUUUGUAUAACUGAUGUAAUUUUAAGUUAUUUAUCAUGGUUUUGAAAUACAUCAUGUGACAAUGACUUCAAGUAUCCUUCUUGAAACAGCAAAUGUUUUUUCAUCUACAUAAUCUGUAUAGUGCAACUGAUCAGGAAAAAUGUUCAAUAAUUGAAAAAAAAGGUGAACAUUUGAUAGAUUUGUUUUAUACUUUCUAACAUAAUAACUGGGAACAUGAGAUAUAACCACUAUUAUGGAGAAUUUUAAACUGUCCAGAGUUUGGUGUACUAUAUAUCUUCAGUAAUUUAGAUAAUGAAAGUAUCUAGUGGUUCAGCAGAUGAAGUGCAGGAGGUAGAGGUUUUUUCAUGGAUGCAUGGAUGGAUCAUUGUCGCAGCAGUCUAUCAAUUUCUGCACAGUCGUAACUGACAGAAUUUGAUAAAUUAAUUACAGAAAGAAGGACACUGAGAAAAAAGAGAGCCGUGCUUUAACAAUGGCCUUGUUUGCAGCAGUGGCUGCCACAGGUAAAUAUGCACACGGAGUCGGAACCAGGAGUGGUGGGAAUGGUUUGUCUUCAGAUAUGUAUCUGAUUCAGUACCACAUAUGAAAGUGACCCAGGUCGGAUUUGAAAAUAUCAGAUUUGUGCUGUUCAAACUGUCAGACCAUGAUCGGAUAUGGGCCGCAUAGGGUCAGAAAAGUCAGAUUUGAUGCACUUUUGCCUGCAGUGUGAACGUAGCCUUUGUUAUCUGUCAAUAAUGAACCUUAAUGUUUUAUAUGGAUAAUAAGGAUCAAUAAAUGUGUUGAUUGA